AGUUGGGGGAGCUGGGGGCGGGGGAAGAGUCAGGAAAAAAACCACCACUUUCAUUUGGAAAUGGCAAUGAAGCAGUGAAGUCCUCCCUCCGCACCCCGCACAACUCUUGCCUCUAGAGGAAUUUCUUGGCUUGGUGUGUGGGUGCCUGCUACUUGGAUUGUUGCACAGGAUUUGGACUUUGAAUCAGACCCAGCACUAAUGAGGAAUAAAAGAAUGGACAAGGUACUACAAAGGACUUUGCUUCGGCUGUUGCUGUUAUCACUGCUUCAUACCUUGAGCCAAGGAAACAGAAAUAACCGUUGUGUGGCUUCCAGGGCAAAAAGCUGCACUGAGUGUAUCCAAGUGAGCAAGGACUGCUCUUUUUGCAGUGAUGAGAACUACAAAGAGUCCCGCUGUGAUUUCAAAGACAACCUAUUAAGAUAUGGCUGCAGUCAGACCAGCAUAGUCUUCAUGGAAGGAGAGAUGCUAACAAAAUCGGAAUUUAAGAUUGAUACAUCUCUGAAGAAAACACAAGUAUCCCCGCAGAACAUAGCAAUGAAGCUGAGAGCUGGCGAGGAAGCUAGCUUUGACGUGGAUGUGUUUGAGCCCAGUGAAUCUCCUGUGGACCUCUACAUUCUCAUGGACUUUUCCUAUUCCAUGCGUGACGACUUGGACAACCUUAAAACAAUGGGCCAACAACUGGCAAAUUUUUUGACUCAGCUAACCAGUGAUUAUACUAUUGGCUUUGGCAAGUUUGUGGAUAAAGUUACAGCCCCACAGACAGAUAUGAGGCCUGAGAGACUCCGUGAGCCUUGGACUGGUGCUGACCCACCCUUCUCCUUUAAGAAUGUCAUCCGCCUAACCCAUGAUAUCAAUAAAUUCAGCCAAGAGUUAAUGAUGGAGCAAAUAUCAGGGAACUUGGAUGCCCCAGAAGGUGGAUUUGAUGCCAUAUUACAAACGGCUGUUUGCAAGGACCAGAUUGGCUGGCGGGAAGACAGCACUCACCUCCUGGUGUUCUCCACCGAGUCUGCCUUCCAUUAUGAAGCUGACGGUGCCAAUGUCCUUGCAGGAAUUAUGAGGAGGAAUGAUGGAUACUGCCACCUGAACAGGACAGGAAGUUACACCUUUGACACAAAGCAGGAUUACCCCUCCGUACCCGCACUUGUGAAACUGCUGAGGCAGAGCAAUAUCAUCCCCAUAUUUGCUGUCACCAACCACUCUUACGAUUACUAUGAGAAACUGCACACAUAUUUCCCAAUUUCUGAAAUUGGGAGGCUGCAAGAAGAUUCCUCUAAUAUUGUGGACUUGAUUCGUACGGCUUACAAUCGUAUUAGUUCCAAGAUGGACAUCCGAGCUUUUGGCACCCCAAAAGCCAUGAAAACAGAAAUAACAUCUGAGAUGUAUGAAAAGACAGAGUCUGGCUCAUUCAAUAUUGUCCGUGGUGAAGUGGGCAGAUUCAAAGUACGUGUGAAAGCUCAUGAGCAAGUGGGUGACAAGCAUGUCUGCAGUCUCCCGGAGAAAGAUCGGGAUGGCGUUUUCCACAUUAAGCCCUCCUCUUUCGGUAACAACGUGGAAGUAGCAGCCUCAGUCAUUUGCGACGCCUGCCCCUGUGAACUGCAACAGGAAGUCCUAUCACCUAGGUGCAAUUUCAGGGGGAACUUCGCCUGUGGAGAGUGUGUUUGCAAUGCAGGCUGGCGGGGAGCUACGUGUAACUGCUCUACCACCUCCUCUACUGACGAUGCAGCCUGCGUACGACCAGGGGAUACAGAGCCCUGCUCAGGGCAAGGUGAAUGCCUCUGUGGGCAAUGCGAGUGCUAUUCUGAAGGUCGGACCCAGCGUUUUGAAGGCCGCUUUUGUGAAUUUGACAAUUUGCAGUGUCCCCGCAGUUCCGGAUUCCUCUGCAACGAUCGGGGGCGCUGCUACAUGGGUCAGUGUGCAUGUGAAAGUGGUUGGGAAGGCCCUGGCUGUGAGUGUCCCACAAGCAAUGAGACCUGCAUCUCCAGCAGUGGGAUUCUUUGUAAUGGGCGCGGGAGAUGUGAAUGUGGCAGAUGCAUCUGUAGUAACCCCACCCUCUACAUUGAACCCACCUGCGAAACCAGUUAUGCCCUGGGCUACCGGCAUGUGUGUGGAGAAGAUGUCCGAACCUGUGUUCAGUGCCAGGCUUGGGGGACUGGAGAGAAGAAGGGAAAGAAAUGUGAAAACUGCCGUUACAAGAUCCGAGUAGUGGAUGAACUGGAACAAGAGGAAGAUCUAAAUACAAUUUGUUCGUACCAAGAUGAAGAGGAUGACUGCAGGUACCACUACCGCAUGGAAGAGGAUUCCAACCCAGAGCUUAAUGGCACCAUUAUUGUGCAAAGGAAGAAAGAGUGCCCAUCAGGAAGCUUCCUUUGGCUUAUCCCAUUAGUCAUUUUACUGAUGCUCCUCCUGGGGCUGCUUCUUCUGCUGUGCUGGAAGUUCUGUGCUUGUUGCAAGGGUUGCCUGGCUCUGCUACCCUGUUGUGCACGAGGCCGCACUGUUGGUUUCAAGGAGGACCACUACCUGCUCAGAAAAAGCCUCAUGACCUCGGACCACCUAGACACUCCCAUGGUUCGCAGCGGCAACCUGAAAGGCAGAGACACAGUUCACUGGAAGAUCAACAACAAUGUGCAUAAGGAAGGCUUCUCUUCCUUAGCUCUCAAUCCCAAGGACCUGAUUCCAUACGGAGUGUCUCUGAGACUGGCCCGGCUCUUCACCCAAAACCUUGCAAAACCAGAUAGCCGUGAGCAUGAGCAACUGCAAAAGGAUGUGGAGGAGAAUCUCAAUGAGGUUUACAGGAUUAUCCCUGGUGCCCACAAAUUUCAGCAGACAAAAUUCAGGCUGCAGCCAAAUGCUGGGAAAAGACAGGACCACACAAUCAUGGACACAGUGCUCCCUGCUCCCCGCUCAGCCAAGAAUGAGAUUGUGAAAGUAACAGAGAAGCAUGUCGCACAAGAGGCUUUCAACGAUCUGAAAGUGUCCCCCGGUUACUACACUGUAAUCUCUGACCAAGAUGCUCACGGCAUGGUAGAGUUUCAGGAAGGAGUGGAGCAGGUGGAUGUCCGGGUUCCCCUCUUCAUCAGGGAAGAAGAUGAUGAUGAAAAGCAGCUGCAAGUGGAGGCCACUGAUGUCCCUGUGGGAACUGCAGAAAUUGGGCGCCGGCUUGUCAACAUCACCAUUAUUAAAGAGCAAGCAAACAGCAUCAUUCGCUUCCAGGAGCCAGCUUAUUCAUACAGCCGCUUCGACCAGGUGGCUAAGAUCCCUGUACUUCGUGACAUACUGGACAACGGGAAGUCUCAGAUAACAUACAGGACACGGGAUCUCACUGCCCAGGAAGGCAAAGAUUAUGUUUUUGCAGAGGGUGAUAUAGUCUUCCAGCCUGGGGAAAAGCGGAAAGAGGUGCAGGUGAAAUUGCUGGAGCUGACUGAGAUAGACGCCCUUCUUCGCAAUCAGCAGUUGAAACAGUUUGCGGUGGAUCUCAUCAACCCCAGGUUCGGUGCAAAGGUUGGCAAAUACCCUCAAACCAUUGUGACAAUUGCCGAUCCAGAAGCUGUGGAUGGCUUAGCAUCAGCGAAACUCCUAGGCCAGCAACUGCAGCCUCCCAGAGGCAUACUUGGAGCUCCCCUUAAUCCAAAUGCACAGGCACUAACCUCUAGGAAGAUCCGAUUCAACUGGUUGCCACCUCCUGGCAAACCUGCAGGGUACAAGGUGAAGUACUGGAUCCAAGGGGACCCUGAGUCAGAAGCUCGCUUGCUUGAUUCGAAGGUGCCAUCAGCGGAGUUGACUAAUCUGUAUCCCGACUGUGAUUACGAGAUGCAGUCCUGUGCCUACAACGAUAUGGGCGAGGGGCUUUACUCCGAAGUAGUCCACUGCCGCACACUUGAGGACCUUCCUAGUGAGCCUGGGCGCUUGGCUUUCAAUGUAGUCUCUUCCACUGUGACACAGCUGAGCUGGGCUGAGCCUGCCGAAACUAACGGAGUUAUCACAGCCUACGAAGUCAGCUAUGGACUUGUCAACGAGGUCAACAGACCUGUUGGGCCCGUAAAGAAAGUCAUGGUGGAGGGUGCCAAGAAGCGAAUGGUUCUGAUUGAAAACUUAAGGGAAUCGCAGCCCUAUCGCUACACAGUGAAGGCCAAAAAUGGAGCUGGAUGGGGUCCUGAACGAGAAGCUACUAUUAACUUGGCCACACAACCCAAGCGCCCUAUGUCCAUUCCCAUCAUCCCUGAUGUGCCAAUAAUUGAUGCUGAAGGAGGAGAGGACUAUGAUAGCUACCUGAUGUACAGCGCAGAUGUCCUGCGCUCACCAGCUGGUAGCAAACACCCCAGUGUCUCAGAUGAUUCUGGCUCUCGGUGGAAAUAUGUGCAGCUGCUAGGGGAGGAGCUGGACCUUCGACGCGUCGCCUGGAGGCUCCCAGCAGAAUUGAUCCCUCGUUACUCGGACAGCAGCUGCUUUUCCUCGGACACAGAGGGUCUCCUCCAUGAGGAUAGCACCCCUUCUGAGCUAGUGGACAGUGAUGCAGCCAGCCGCAGUCUACCAAGGAGUGGGACUCCCCAGCCCCAACCAGAACACAUGAAUGGCCGAAUGGAUUUCGCCUUCCCUGGCAGCGUUGGAAGCCUGACCCGGAAUAUGACAACAAGUUACAACCAUCUAAGUCCACAUGUAUACCACGAGAGAAGGACAAUAGGAAGCUCAUCUCAGACAAGGGAGUAUGCCACAGUGGUGUCUGGGCAAGACCAGUCCAGGCGGAUAUUCCCUCCCAUACAUGAAGAUGCUGGGAGGAUGGUCCUGAUGCCUCAGGAUGAGGGCUUCAGGAGGGCAAAGGUGAAGGGUUACUAUGGCGAUAGCGAUGCUCGGGAUUCUAUAGUCAUGGCUGACGGGCCCUCUUGGAUUUCCAAAUACCUAGGCAUGUCAGGGCAAGGCACACAGCCCAGGGUACAUUAUGCUGUCCCCCAGAAGGCCAGGGGCCGCACUCACUCCGAAGAUGUCCGUGAGGCACUGAGCAACCUGGACACAGUGCUUCAGGAUUCCAGGAUGCAGCUGGGUGUUCCUGACACGCCUACGCGCUUAGUUUUCUCUGCCCUGGGGCCUACCUCCCUGAAGGUCAGCUGGCAGGAGCCACAAUGCGAUAAAGAAGUGCAAGGAUACAGCGUACAGUACCAGCUCCUCAACGGAGGAGAGAUCCAGAGACUUACUAUUCCCAACCCUCACCAGAACUCCGUAGUGGUGGAUGACCUACUGCCCAACCACUCCUAUGUCUUCAAAGUGAAGGCGCAAAGUGAUGAAGGAUGGGGUCCAGAGAGAGAAGGCGUGAUAACUAUUGAGUCACAAGUGGACCCGCGCAGCCCUCUGAGUCCUGUCCCAGGCUCACCGUUCACUCUGAGCACUCCCAGUGCCCCGGGGCCUCUGGUGUUCACGGCCCUGAGUCCAGACUCUCUUCAGCUGAGCUGGGACAGACCCCGCCAACCCAAUGGGUUAAUUCUGGGCUAUAUGGUCACCUGUGAGAUGCUGCAUGGUGGAGGGGAACCCAGGAAUAUCUACGUGGAGGGAGACAACCUAGAGACCACGCUGACAGUACCUUACUUGAGUGAAAAUGUUCCAUAUAAGUUUAAAGUCCAAGCAAAGACCACACAAGGCUUUGGGCCUGAAAGGGAAGGAAUUAUCACUAUUGAAUCUCAAGAUGCAGGGGCCUUUUCUCAGUUUGGAACACAGCAAUUCACCAGAGAGGAGGUCUACAAUCUCCCCACAGAAUACAGGACCCAAACCAGCAUCACUCACUCCCCACUGGAUCCUUUAUACGCAGAUGGCAUGCUGCUGACCACUCAGCGAGUGGAGAGUGGCGGCACCCUCACCAAGCAGGUCACCAAUGAAUUUGUCACCAGAACCAUGAUGUCUAACAGCAGCGGGACAUUCUCCAGACAGACAGAGAGGCAGUUCUAUGAAGCUUGAGUCAGGAAGCAAACUGCCCAAGGGACACUUGGAUUUCAAUAGCUGGUGACCUCAAGCAGGCCUGCUCUGUGAUCAGUUCCUGGACUGAGGCUCAUGGUGCCCACUGCAUUGCUUCAACUCUAAUGAAAAUACUGGAUGCUGCUUUGAGAUACCCGCGAGUGGAGGCUGCGUGCAUUCCAGGUGGCACCCUAAAGACAUUCCGAAAAGAGUUUUUUAGCAAGAUGCUUGGCUGUGAAGGGCUAUUGGUUAGUUCCAUUUUGAGUCGAGCUCCUGACUCUUUCCAUGCUUUGCUUGGCUGCUUUCCGAUAUCACACGCUGGAAGAUUUAACUACACGCAACUGAAUUUGCUUUUUAAAUCCCCACCUCUCACCAAACCUUUUUCACUUUUGCUGCUUGUUUCGUUUUGAUCUGUUCCUAAGUCAUUCUCUCCCCACCCUCCCACCCCAUCAACAAAUGGCAUGCCAGACCUCCAGGGGAGGAAUGGAAUUGCAACUUUGUCCUCCCCCUUUGUAAGUGCAGCACAGAAGAGGAAUUGUCCUUAUUCUUCCUACAUUGGUGUGUAGACACCCCUGCUGCUUAGGUGUGGUCCUUGUAGGAACUGCCUAGUACCUUAAGUUGCAUUGCUUCACCGACAAUACAAUGCUCCUUAAAAUAUGAUGCACAAUCUUACUUAAAAUAUUAUAUGACUAUUUUUAUGUUCUACAAAGGGUCCUUUAUCCUAGAUGUAAUAAGGAGCCAAAAUCCAGGUGCUAGUCCUCUGCUCCUUACCAUAGAAAAUAAAUAUUUGGCAUGGCUUUAUAAUCCAUUAAUGCCUUUGCUGGAAGAACCCCCUGGAAUGAUAUCAUUUCAUAUUGAAUAACCAAAACAUUAACCAAAACAGCAUUAAGAGAGUUCCACCUACAGUCCUCCCUCACUCCCCAUUUUGGCAGUGGUGGCUCACUGGCCCAUAUCAGUAGCCCAAGCAUAGCAUGCUGAUUUACAUCAUUGGACCAUUUUGGUGUCUGGACAUAGCAAACUUCAGUGAUUUCAGAUUGCCCUUAGAAUCAGGGUUGGAAGGGUAAUUAGUCCAGUCCACUGCAAUGCUACCCUUCCUGCCUUUUCGCCAGUGGCCAGGAUUUAAAGGCAGUGCACGUGCAAUUAAUCCUUCAGAGCCUGUAUAACACAGGCAUCACAUAUUUUUGCACCAUGUGCUUUCAUUCAGCCACACUGCAUUGAUACUGUAGUCAACAACACUACAGUACCCACAAGGCAGUGCAACUGUGAUGGUGCUACCACUACCUUUUGCUGCAUGUGUAGGCACAGCUUGAGCUGUAGAAGCAGUGGCUUUUGCAGAAUGACCUGAGGGUAUAUCAACAGGGGUGGGGGAUGGCUACCAGUAGGUAACUAAAGGCAGAAUCAAGGUAGGAACUGAAUACAUGGAAUUCUGACUAGAGACAGUUGUAGUAUAACCACAGACCUGCCUUUGUUUACACUCACUUCACCUUCCUUAGAAAGGGGUGGGAGUGAAAGCUUUUGGCUUGUUUGUAGGUCUUUAUUUAUACAUAUGCAGAUUUGACGAAGAAGACAGACAACUCACACAAUCUGAUUGUACCAACAUUUUACUCCUUGCUAAAAAGGCACGAGGAAGCUGGAGAGAAAUGACUUGAGCAGGCAAAGUGCUUUGAUUCCUAUCAGUGUGAUGAUUUCUCACACUGUGUGUGAUUAUCAUCAUUGGAAGAGUAUCGACCUAACACCAUUAUUUGACAUUUUGCAUGGUUGCUCCCACAAUGCUGUGGUUGUCAAACCAUGUUCCAGGAAACCUUGUCAGAAGUCUACCCAGGAAUUCUUCAGUCAUGCAGGCAAGUUCCCCUAAAGGACAGCCAGCUCACUUGAUAGUGCCAGUUCUCACACAAGGGAACCAGCAUUGCCAGUGUGCACCAAACCAACAACAUGCCUCAGAAUCUUCUGCAAUGUGUUGUGGUUCUAUGGAGGAUGUAUGUUGUUUGCCACAAACUUGUUUGCUCACAAAAUUCCCUGAAGGCAGGAAGUUUGUAAACCAUUGAUUUGUGAGUUUCAUCACAGCGAGAACAGGUAGCUGUUGCCCUUCGCUUCUAUUUUGGCCAGCCUUGCCCCAGGACCUUAGAUAAGUAUCUGUGCUAGCGGCAGAGGAUCAACUGCAGAUAAUUUUUUACUUAGCUAAACAAGAGAGAACACAAAAAGAAUUCAGGGCUGCUGCAGCAUAGUUUUAGAAGCUCAGAUAGAUGGUGCCUUCAACUUUCUGUCCUAAUAUACCAAGUCAGGUCCCUUGUAAUCUAAUGUUGGGUUUUCCUACUGACCCAUUCACCGCAACAGGGGAGUUACUAAAGCUCACAGGACCUUCUGCCCCAAAGGGGUUUCUUUUCAUGGGAUGCUAGAGAACUCAGCCAAUAAAAUGUGCUAUUUCGUGGCCUUUGUAUUCAGACCCAAGCAGAGUGUGUUAUUAGAAAUGGCUGUAUCUCCAGUUCUUGCAAAGUCACUUUGGUCACAGGCUCUUGAAGCUUCUUACGAGUUCUUUUCACUAAGAGAGUGCCACAGGCUUUAAUAUUAACCAAAGAGCCCAUUAAAGGUGUUUGAUGGGCCAGAUUUCAGCAGCAUAGCAGUUUUGAAAGGGAUUGUAUGCUUUCACUCACCUAACAGAAGAACCACAAUAGAAUGUAAAUUACAUUUCAUAGCCAAAUUAUGGCUUGCAGGGGUUGGUGGCAUUUAAUACAUAUGCAGUGUUUUGACAACUGGCAUUCAGGACCAGAUGGCUUUCUAUUGCACUUAUUAAACAUUUUUUCUCUACGAUC